AUGCUCUAUAUGUGCGUAACAUCAAUCUCUAUCGGAUUCCAUAUCAAUGGAGCGUCGACAGCUUUUCAAAGCGCAUCUCAACUACGAGCUAUACUAGAUGAAUUCCCGCGAAUUGAAAGUGACUAUGGUUUCGCUGGUGACAACCCCACACGAUGCUUGCCAGCCCCAAAGUACCGCCGGCAAAGCAUGAAAUAUAUGGGAAAAGGUGCCAUCCAUUUUCGAGAUAUCCACUUCAGCUAUCCAAGCAGGCCAGACGUUGAGGUUUUAAAGGGAGUUUCGUUUUAUGUCGAAGCUGGUGAGAAGAUUGCACUGGUUGGCUCUAGUGGCUCCGGGAAAAGCACUCUUACAGCACUUUUACUUCGAUUCUACGACCCUGAUAGCGGAUCGCUCGCUUCUGCUCGAGCACGUGCGAAUGAAUACUCAUGGCAACAGUCUCCACAGUUGUACCUUCGGCAUCCAAUCGAUUUAAUUUGUUUUCUCUCUGAAAUGUAA